AGCCACCCCUGGGAAACGGUAACAACAGCUGCCAUGCAGAAGUACCCAAACCCGAUGAACCCCAGCGUGGUCGGCGUGGACGUUCUGGACAGACAUGUAGACCCGAGCGGGAAGCUGCACAGCCACCGGCUGCUCAGUACGGAGUGGGGGAUUCCCUCGAUUGUGAAAUCGCUCAUCGGCACAUGCAGAACCAGGACGUACGUUCAGGAGCACUCUGUCGUCGACCCAGUGAAAAAAACAAUGGAGCUUAAAUCCAGUAAUAUUUCAUUUACAAACCUCGUGUCAGUGGAUGAGAGGCUUGUCUACAAACCACACCCGCAUGAACCACACAAAACCGUUUUGACACAAGAAGCAAUAAUAUCUGUGAAAGGUGUCAGUCUUAGUAGUUACCUAGAAGGGUUAAUGGCAAACACCAUCUCUUCCAAUGCUAAUAAAGGCCGUGAAGCAUUGGAAUGGGUAAUUAAUAAACUGAAUGCUGAAAUUGAGGAGUUCGCUGCUUCAGAGAGGAACCAUGAGGAAUUCAAUGGCAGCAGCAGCAUUUGUAGAGAAAUGAUAGUAAAUAUACCUUUAUUACUAAGCAGGUUUAAAUCUAAUGCUUCUCUCCAAACCUAUACUUUUUUUUUUUCUCUAAAGACGUACCUGUGAAUUAGGUAUGUUUCAAAUUACUUUUGGAGAAAAGCUAAAAUUUUACUAAUGAGGCUGAUGUGCAAAGCUUAAAUAAUAUAUUGGUUCUGCUGGACUGGACUUGGUUACCGAUGAAGAAAUAAUUUUCAAGUGUAGUUCCUGUAUUUACACGAACACUAACUUAAGUGUUUUCAAAUAUGGAGGUCUCUUACAGAGCUGAGGCUGCAUAUGUUGGAGGAGACUGGCAUGUUAGGUUGACUUCAGUGGAAUUUUUUUUUUGUGUGUCAUUCAAGGACUACCUCUUUUGGGACCAAGCCCCAAAUUAACAGAAUGGUUUGUUCUAGCAUUGUUCUGUUUGUUGAUUUUUGACAGUUGUGUGAUACAACUUGGUUUAGCAGAAAGUUUAUUACUUGAAACUUGAAGUACAAAAGAAUGUACAAAAUAUUUUUUGAUAAACUUUUUAGCUUUUGUUUGGUUGGUUGAUCUAACAUGGUACUCAAUCU